AUGGCGUCCGGAAUUCUAGUUUCGUUUCUCGGCGCCGUACAGGCAGCCCUGUCGGUGUUGUUGACCAUCCUCUUUGGCGUUGUUGCAGCCCAGUUUGGAUUAGUCACCACUGAUGCAGCGAAGCAGAUCAGCGCACUUUGCGUAAACCUCUUGUUGCCGUGCCUGUUGAUUGUGAACCUGGGCUCUGAGCUGCACCUCGACACGGCGGUACUUUACGUGCCUAUAAUCAUCUGGGCAAUCUUUUUCACCGUCACGUCCCUGUUCAUAGGACGAGUUGUGACAGCUAUCUUCCGCCUUCCCAAAUGGGCGGCGCCCGCCAUAGCAUUCAACAACACCGAAUCUCUCCCGCUGCUACUACUUCAGUCACUCGGCACUACAGGAGUGUUGGCUACCUUGACAGGAGCUGGUGAGGAAUCCGAAGGUAUCAACCGGGCCCGGACGUUCUUCUUGGCUUGUUCUGUGGUGAACAACACUAUUACUUUCGGACUGGGUCCCGAAAUCCUGACCGGCUCGACCGAGGAUUCGCUCUUCAUCCGGGCUUACAGAUGGGUGACGGGCACACCGCGAUCUAAAGACCAGGAGGACUCAUCGGACCCUGAGAGCCACCAAGAGCGGAACGGAAAUGGGGCUCAAUCCUCUGAAGGAGACCAUGACGGUGCCUCGUCAGGCGACAACGGCGACGAAGAAGAUUCAAGCGGCGCGGAUGAGCGGACCUCGCUUCUGCCCAACAGGGUCGUCCAUUGGGAGCGAAGAGCAAAGAAGAGCGUCGGCUCAAGGCUCAGCAGUUCCUUCGACGCCAGCCCCAAGCCUGUACAAGUCUUCCUCUCCUCCUUGGGAGUCUUUCUCAAUCCUCCAUUCAUCGGUGCGGCGAUUGGAGCGAUCAUAGGCCUCACCCCUCCUCUCCAUCGGAUCUUCUUCAAUGACAUGAGUGAAGGCGGAUAUUUCAACGCCUGGCUCACGUCAAGUAUCAAGAACGUCGGCGAGCUCUUCGUGUCUCUCCAAGUUGUCGUCGUUGGUGUCAAGCUCAGUUUGAGCUUGCGACUCUGGAGAAAGGGCGAGGAAUCUGGCACGGUACCUUUGGGAACUGUACUCUGCGUGAUCUUCAUCAGGUUCAUUCUCUGGCCAGCCAUAAGCAUACCCCUGAUCUGGUCUCUCGCCGCCCACACCAACAUCUUGCCCAACGACCCGAUACUCUGGUGGUCCAUGAUGAUGAUGCCCAUCGGACCAACAGCCAUGAAAGUACUUGCCUUGGCGGAUGUCAGUGGUGCGAGCGAAAAAGUUCGAAUGUCAAUCGCUUUGUUCCUCACGCUCUCGUACAUCAUCACGCCUUUCGUAUCCUUUGCAGUCGUUGGUGCAUUGGAGGCCGCCAAGGCGGCGCGGUAG